UGGAGUGAGUAGCUCGCUAGGCCACUUUGGACUCUGCACCCGCGGGUGUAUGGGUACUGCUUCCUGGCGGGCUGUUUAGUCCCCCUCUGCCGGUUCAUGGAGGGGGCCAGUCCCCCAUCUCCAGGAGAUGAGCUGGAGCUCUCGGUGAUCCAAGAGCAGCCAGACGAGCAGACGCCUCUCAACGGAGCUGUCCAGGGCAUCCUUUCUUUAGCCGAGGAGCCCUGCCCAGUCCAGGCUGACAAGGAAAGCCCUUGGAGCUCUUGUAAUAAGAAGUUGAUUGGAAAGUGCAAACUCUGGAUGGUCCUUGCCUCUGUUUUCCUGAGUUUCAUUCUAGUCAUCAUCAUAGGCUUAUGUCUAACUGGAGUAACUUAUAUCGAUGAAGAUGAAAAUGAAAUACUUGAAUUGUCAUCAAAUGAAACAUUCUCGGUCAUGCUAAAGAUUCCAGAGGAGUGUGUUUCUGAAGAGGAAUUACCUGACAUGCUCAAGAAGCGAGUGACACACGUGUACACUGACUCACCAGCUCUGAACCGCUAUUUCACUUCAGUUGAAGUCAUGGACAUCAGUGGUCAAAACGCCACAAUAAUCUUCCGCCUGCACUUCAGGGUUCCUCCUGAAGAUGCCAGUUUUGUGAAGUAUGUGAUGAGCGAGGAGUUCGUGCUGGGAGUUUUGCAGCAGAAUUUCCAUGAUCAGAACAUAGCUGGUUGUGAGACUCUGGGGCUUGAUCCAGGAUCCCUCUGCUUCUACGAUAAGCUGAGCACGUCUGGAAGGCAGAGCUGUGACGAAUGAUGAAGGUUGAUCUAUGUCUGACAGUAGCACUCUGCUGAACUUUGGGAUGCGGAGAGUUCAUUCCACUUUACAGAAGAGAUCCUGAGAAUUCACAUAGAAGGACCCAAAUGACUAGAGGUGUGGAGGCGGUCCUUUUUUUCCAGCUUCUGCACAGUUACAGAGUCUGCUUCAGUGUUUAACAAAACAGUACCCCAGCUCUGCCCCAGCUGGGUCCGGAUAGGGUGGCGUGAUGGGGCGGCUGGCAGACCUGCAAGGAGAGGUCCCUCCAUCCAUAAUGGACACUUUCUUUUUAGGGCCAAGUGUUCUUCCAGGCAGGAUCCCGCCAGCCUGGGCAGGAGGAGAGAGAACAGGGAGAGGCCAAGCGAGGGAGAGUUCAGCCAACCCUCCUCCCUCUCAAUCCUACAUUUGAUCUACCCCCAGACAAGGCUGUGAGGAAAAGGCAUGCACUUUGUCAAAGGUAAUUAGCAUUGUUCAUGUCCACUUCCAAGACACGCUGACUUGUCACAUCUCAG